AUGGGAAGUUCUUCAAAAAGAGAAAUUUCAUCUCAAAGAGAUGAUUAUCGUAGACGUCGUUAUUCCUGGUCUUCAAGUUCAUCUUCAUCAACAAGUUCAUCGAAUUCAAAUCAUUCUCGAUAUGCAUCCAAAAUUCGCCAUUCAAAACGUAGAUCUUGUUACGUAAAAUCGUGCUGUAAGCAUACAAGCAGAUCUCGGUCGCCUUCUUAUAGUCCAUCACAUUAUCGUCGUACUCGAUAUUAUGGAACACGAGAAAAUCCACACAAAUCUCGUGUUAUUGGAGUUUUUGGUUUGAGCAACGACACAAAUGAAGCAAAAUUGAUGGAAGUUUUCUCAGCUUUUGGAGCCAUAGAGCAUGUUUCUAUUAUUUACGAUGCUAAAACUGGCAACUCUCGAGGUUUUGGAUUUGUCUACUAUCUUGAAGUUGAACACGCAACUGCAGCACGCACUUGCUCUAAUGGAUCCGUUUUGGAUGGAAGAAAAAUUCGCGUUGAUUACUCGAUCACAAAACGAGCUCAUACACCAACCCCAGGUGACAAACAUGUAUGA